AUAUCCUCUAUCUUGUCGAAUAUCAAAGUUAUACGAGUGUCUCGCUUAAAAACUCUUUUUAAAAAGGUUUAUCUUAAAAUCGAUUCAAAUUUUAAGAUGACAGAAAAAGUGGCAGUUGCUUUCUUACUGAUCAUAGCAGCGACCUGCUUUGCAAUUCCUGUUGUUGAGGACGAUAAGAACUUUCAUACAGUCAAUGUAAAAGAUUUGGGAACUGUAAGUCCUCUCAUAGAGUCGACCGAAACAUGUCUAAUACCAUGCGAUAAUUGUCAAGACGACCCAAUUUGCGCAACUGAUGGUAAAACUUAUGGAUGUCCAAAUGCAUUGACCUGUUACCAAAUGUGUGGAAAAAAAAUUUAUGUAGCAUCUCAUGGUCCAUGUGAAGAAAAGGGUUCAGCUCCCCCUCCUGAAGAAAAUGAUCCAUUGGCUCCUCCUAAAGAAGAAUAAAACUAUUAAUAUCCUGAAUCUGAGGUGGAAAUUUUUUAACAUCGGGUGAAGCUUAAACCUAUUAGUAAAUUUUGGUGGUUCACAGCGCCAAUGUAUACAUCUGCAAUACAUGAAAUAAAACACUUAAGUGAGAUAA